GACACCACUACACUCAUUUCCUUCCCAAUAAACAAGGACAAAGCAUACCAAAUUUCUUGCUUGAUCAACUGUGCAAAAUGGAAGUUGGUUGUCCCCACCAUCAAACACAUCUCUUCAUUUCUUGACCUAUUUAACUAGGAUCCCUUGACACAAAAGUUGGAUCAAAAGAUGCCUAAUCUGAGCUUGAUUUCUUGCUUCAACGGGUGCAGGGAUCACACGCGGGUAUCCGGGCCCGGGACGAGGAUCUGGAACUGCACGGAGAAGCCCAUCGAGCUUCAAGUGAGAGUCGGGUCUAUACUGAAGAAGGUUCACACGUUGAAGGCCGGGUCAUCGAAGAGGUUGAAGAGCAAGAACAUCUACAAGGCCUACAUGCCUGCAAAGGCUAAGGGUGGUGGUGGUGGAGUCAAGAAUUUACUUUACUACUAUGAUGAGACAUGCCAUCCAUAUAUUUGGAUACAUGAUGCAGGGUGUGAUUUUUCUAGGAUGCUUAAGCAGCAAUAUAUUAGUCUCGAGGAUUUGAGAGAUUGCUCUGAGAUCAGAGUUUGUAGGGAUCAUCAGAGGGGAUGCAUUACGGUUCGUAAGAAAUCGAGGCCGGAUUUCUGUUGAGGUCUUUCUUUCUUUCUUUCUGUAUCGAGGGUUUAUGACGUGAACCGUGGCCGGAAUAAUUCGAGGUCAUAAGUUUGUUAGGUCUAGGUUUGAGUAAUUAGUCCCUUAGGCAAUGCUGAUGGAUUCUUGCUUCUUAGUGUGACAUUAUUCAUGUUCAUGUGAGAUGGGAUUUUUUUUUUUUUUUAAGUUUCUUGUUUCUUAUCUUUGUAAUUUGUCUGUGUUGUUUUGGGAAAUCUCGUGUAUUAUAGGAUUGAAUGAAAUGUGAGGGAAACAAAGGUUUUGAGAUGUAA